AUCAGCCUCGCAUUUGUGGUCCGUGCUUUGGAGCUCAAGGCAACCUGGAUUACGGAACCGUCUUCUAUCAUCACCUCCAACCCACCCCAAGCAGCGUACCUCUGUACUCAUCGACGACCGACGCGAGCGACUUCCCCGAGACCUCACGACUUCACAACGACGCAGAUUUCAACCCGAUCACACUCUCAAGAAUCUUUCCUACGCAUAGAAUCGGCAGUAGGACGUCCAGUUCUCAUCCUACACCAUGCCUUCCGCUACCGGCCAAAACUGGGAGAAAUACCAGAAGACCUACGCCGACGACGAGGUCGAGGAGAAGAAGAUUACACCAUUGACCGAUGAAGACAUCCAAGUGUUGAAGACUUAUGGCGCUGCUCCGUACGGCGCCGCCAUCAAGAAGCUCGAGCAACAGAUCAAGGAGAAGCAAACAAGCGUAGAUGAGAAGAUUGGUGUCAAGGAAUCCGACACGGGUCUUGCCCCUCCUCACCUGUGGGACGUAGCAGCAGACCGGCAACGCAUGUCGGAAGAACAGCCUCUCCAGGUCGCCCGGUGUACAAAGAUUAUCCCCGACGAGAAGGACGACUCAAAGAGCAAAUAUGUCAUCAAUGUCAAGCAGAUCGCCAAGUUCGUCGUCCAGCUCGGCGAGAGAGUGAGCCCUACGGAUAUCGAGGAGGGCAUGCGGGUUGGUGUCGACAGGAACAAGUACCAGAUUCUUCUGCCGCUUCCGCCCAAGAUCGAUGCCAGCGUCACGAUGAUGACGGUCGAGGAAAAGCCGGAUGUUACAUACGGAGAUGUUGGUGGAUCAAAGGAGCAGGUUGAGAAGCUGCGAGAGGUCGUUGAGAUGCCCCUCCUCUCGCCGGAGCGGUUCGUCAACCUUGGCAUCGACCCCCCGAAGGGUGCCCUCCUGUACGGACCUCCCGGUACUGGCAAGACGCUUUGCGCCAGAGCAGUUGCCAACAGAACGGACGCUACCUUCAUUCGCGUCAUCGGCAGUGAACUGGUCCAGAAGUACGUCGGUGAGGGUGCGAGGAUGGUGCGUGAGCUUUUCGAGAUGGCACGGACGAAGAAGGCCUGUAUCAUCUUUUUCGACGAAAUCGACGCCAUCGGUGGUGCCCGUUUCGAUGACGGUGCCGGCGGAGAUAACGAAGUCCAGAGAACCAUGCUGGAGCUCAUCACGCAGCUCGACGGCUUCGACGCCCGAGGCAACAUCAAGGUCAUGUUCGCCACCAACAGACCCUCCACUCUCGACCCCGCUCUGAUGAGACCGGGACGUAUCGACCGUAAAAUUGAGUUCUCUCUGCCCGACCUCGAGGGUCGUGCCAAUAUCUUGCGUAUCCACGCCAAGAGCAUGUCGGUCGAGCGUGAUAUCCGGUGGGAGCUCAUCUCCCGCCUGUGCCCCAACGCCACGGGUGCUGAGCUUCGCAGUGUCUGCACUGAGGCCGGCAUGUUCGCCAUCCGUGCCAGGAGAAAGGUGGCGACGGAGAAGGACUUCCUCAGCGCCGUCGACAAGGUCAUCAAGGCCAACCUCAAGUUCAAUUCGACGGCCAGCUACAUGCAAUACAACUAAGGGAGGAAACCUAGGGGAAGACAGAGAGGGCAGGGCAACGGAGUUCAUCAUGUCAUCUUUCAGACUGUAAGAUUAGGCAGGCUUCGGAUCGGGAAAGGUCUGGAAGGGUGUGAUACCUUGCUCUAGAGAAAGAGAAAUAGACCAUGCUUCAUGUGCCAACAUGUAUGAUGCCAUCUGGGUGAACCGAUGUCACGAUGACAGG